AACCUUUUUCUUUGUUGGUUUGCUGUCGAAAAUCGCUUCGUGUUCGGUUGACAGGCAUUGUCUGCUGAUUGACGGCGCUGCACUUGGUAGCAUUCUUUGUUGCCUUGCGCUACUUGAAAGUGUGGGACUACCGUGCACUCUGAAAAGCAUAACGACGCGCAGAAAAGGGAGACCCGAGGAAUCCUAGUCUCAAUUUCUGUAGACCAACAAAACUGUACAUACGAGACUUGUCAACAGGUGUUCGUCGCCAUCGCCCGGAAUGCAAACCUCACCUCUCUCGCCGUCUUUUGUCCCAGCGGAAACAUCUUUCUGCCCCGGUCCGUACGUCUUGAGCGGGAGGAUUGCACCUUGCUUGCUUGACACAAUAACGUCGGCUAUACUGUUGGCGUUUAUUGUUGUCGCUGGAUCUGUCUGGUACUUUGGCGUAUUGAGAGAUGCUCGUUCGAGUUCAGGAGAGCGGCAGCGUUUGUUGCAGCAGGAUGGGCAGGCUGCGGAGCAAGCGGAACGUAGCCACGAAUCGCACGCGACCAGAUCCUUGAGUUCCAUCAUUGCAAGGAUAAUUUCACCACUCGUCCUUCUUACGUUUUUGAUCAACCUUGGUCUCGACUUUUAUCGAGCAACCCAUCCGGAAGUGCCCACCACCAUCAUUCAAGAUUUGUCCGCGCGCACUGUCGCCGAUGUCCUGGCUUCGUUUGCUUGGCUGAUAGCGUCAACAUUUGUGUUCUUUGCAGCGACGCUGGACAGAAACGAGUGGCAUGAAAUGCCGAGAGAUCGUGUGCCGAUGCCUGUCAAACAAUUUUGGAUACUGGCCUUUAUCGUGGAGACUGUCCAGCUUUACCAGUGGAUUGUCGCUAUGACUCAUCCGCUAGAUGAAGUGACCAUGCUUGACGCAACUCUAGACAUAACAUAUUUCAUCAUUUUCGUCAUGCGCUUCGCGUUGCUAUUGGGUCUUAUUAUCACCCUCCUGGUCGGCAGAAUGUCUCCUAAUCAACGCGCUAGCGAUGUCGAAUCUGUCCAGACAGUACCGGCAACAAACACACCUGCGAGUACUUCAACCUGGCAAGACACCUGGAGGAAGGUUGGCAAGUUAAUGCCUUUCCUUUGGCCCAAACCCUUGCACUUGCAAUUCCUGGUGAUUUUUUGUUUCGUUCUGCUCGCACUGGGCCGAGUCGUUAACGUGCUGGUGCCUCUGCAAUAUAAACGAGUCGUUGACGACCUUACGCCGAAUGGGGAAACUGAUCCAAACAAGCGGCGUCCGUACUUUUGCUGGGGUGCCAUUCUUCUGUAUACCGCCUUCCGGUUUUUGCAAGGUGGCGUGGGUUUACUCUCCUCCCUACAGUACUUCCUCUGGAUUCCUGUUGGACAAUACACUACUCGGGAAGUGUCCGUGCGAAUGCUGGAGCACCUUCAUUCGCUGUCCCUUCAAUUCCAUAUAAACCGCAAGACAGGAGAGGUACUGCGAGUCAUGGACCGCGGAACGUCAUCUAUCGGUUCUCUCUUGUCUUACCUCGCAUUUAACAUUCUACCUGUAUUUGUCGACAUUGGACUUGCUGUAAUAGUCUUUCUGAUCACGUUUGACUGGGCAAUCGCCAUGAUCGUUUUUGUGACGAUGGUCCUGUAUAUCGCCUGCACUAUAUGGAUUACCGAAUGGCGAACCAAGUUCCGUCGGGAGAUGAAUGACCUUGAUAGUGCUUCCCGAGCCAAAGCUGUCGAUUCGCUGCUAAACUUUGAAACUGUCAAGUACUACAACAACGAGGCUUGGGAAGUCAAUGCGUAUGAUGAGGCAAUCCGUCGUUUUCAAGCGGCCGACUGGAAAAGCAGCGCGAGUCUGAAUGUCCUCAACACUGCGCAGAAUUUGGUUAUUACUCUUGGCUUGUUGACGGGACUAUUACUCUGCGGAAAGCGGGUUGCGGAUGGGCAAUUGACUGUUGGUGACUUUGUGGCCUUUUUGACCUACUUGCUGCAACUAUACCAACCUUUGAACUGGUUUGGUACAUACUACCGCGUCAUUCAACAGAACUUUAUUGAUAUGGAGAAGAUGUUGGAUUUAUUUGAAGAGGGUAAAUCUAUUAAAGAUGCACCAAACGCCAGGGACUUGGCAGUCCGCCAAGGAGGGAAAAUCGUAUUCGAGGACGUUGCUUUUGCGUAUGAUCCACGACAGCCGGCACUAAAAAGCGUGUCUUUCGAGGCACCACCUGGAAAGACUGUCGCGCUUGUGGGACCUUCAGGGGGUGGGAAGAGUACCAUUUUCCGGCUUCUCUUCCGAUUUUAUGACCUGCAAAGUGGAUCCAUUAAGGUCGACGGGCAAGAUAUUCGUAACGUAAAACAGGCGUCCCUGCGAAGUCACAUAGGAGUUGUCCCUCAGGAUACGGUGCUCUUCAACGACACGGUUCGAUACAAUAUACGAUACGGAAACAUCAAUGCUACCGAUGAGGAAGUUGUAGCGGCGGCAAAGGCGGCGCAGAUUCAUGACCGGAUUAUGUCGUUUCCUGAUGGGUACGAGACAAAGGUUGGUGAGCGUGGUUUGCGGCUCAGUGGUGGGGAAAAGCAGCGUAUUGCAAUCGCGCGAACCAUUUUGAAGAAUCCUUCGAUUAUUUUACUGGAUGAGGCAACGUCAGCACUGGACAACACUACAGAAAGACUCAUUCAGGAUUCAUUGCGCACUCUUUCAACAAAUCGAACAACUCUGGUCAUUGCACAUCGACUCAGCACCAUUGUGGAUGCAGAUCUGAUUCUGGUCUUAAAAGACGGACAGAUCGUUGAACGGGGUACCCAUACCGACCUACUGGAGCGCGGAGCAGAAGCUGUAAGGCGACAGGCGGCGAAAGCCGCUGCGGGAGCUAUUAACGGAGCCUUGGAAGACAAAGGAGAAGGGACCUAUUAUAUAAUGUGGAUGCGACAACUAGGCGAAGAGAAGGAGAAGGCUGCGGCGGCUGCUGCUGCUGCCGCCGCCGCUAGGGACUCUGCUAUUGGCCAUGGGGUUGGAAAACGACGAGGGAAUGGCGACACACCAGCAGCGAAUGUCAUACCGGGUGGCGUGAUGCCUGUUCAUGGUUACCAUGGCGCAUACCAGCACGGCCCUAACGUUGGUGGGAAUACGGGUACCGCCAGUGGUGCGGCUAGCCCCCCGGCAGUGAAAAAGCAACAGUGAUACGGUGUUGGGGCUUCAUUGGGCAGUAUAAACUUGUACGUACGAGGCACUAAUAAUUGGAACGAGAGGGGAAAGGGAAUUGUUCUAUGUUGCUUGUUCCUUCCCUUUAAUGUACAAUAUUGUUUUUAGUCAGCGGACAAACUUGUUACGGCCAGUCAGUCCGGAUAUUUGGUCCAAUAUGCCAAGUGUUUAAGAAGAAGCUGAUUACACACA